AUAUAUACGCUGUCAGCAUAUCGUUAUCUGUAACGAAAGAGAGUCGGUGGGUGAAAAAAAAAAAAAACCGCCUAAACUGAGGGCAACAUGAACUGGGUCGGAGGAUCUAGGAGCAGGUAUAUGAAAAGCAAAGAAGACACAACAAAACAAAGAGCGUUUUUUCAAAAGCAAAGGAUGAAAAGGAAGUCUCAUAUUGAGGAAUCACCCAAAGGAUACAACCCUGACAAUAUGGAUCUGCUGACAUUAUUCAUAGUCAACCAGAUUUCAUCAAAGAAAGAGCAAACAGACAAACCAAAAACAAACCUUUUGACUGGUGUGAAAAGAACCAAAAGAGCUUUGAAAGAGCCCUCAGAGUUACCAAUGAGCCCUUGUUCUCCUUCAAAUCUGAACCUAGUUACCAGUCAGCCACAGUACUGCAUUGAUACGCCUGGUUAUAAAGUCAGAAAACAUCGUCUCUCUGAAGAAUUCAAGUUCACGCCGCUGUCUCCUUUGCUUGAAUCGAACCUGUCUGAUGCCAGUGGCUCAGAAAAUCAGCCGCCCUCAACAUCUUCUGGCUCUUCACAUCCAAUCCAGCCCAAACCUGCACCACACGGAUCCUCUUCUCUGCCAACUCUGUCAAAUCUUAGCAAUCUGAAGAAAACGCCUCAGUUUGUGUCAUUCGCUCAACCAACAAAGCUGACUAAUCCAUGGCCGGAUGAAGCUCUCGUGCAAGAUGCGGCACACAACAGCUCAGCAGCUGGAAAUCAGUUUGAGAGCACAUUACCAAAAAUUUGUUGCAGCCCAGAGAGGGGAGAGCAUUCAUAUUCCCUCAACCCUUUAAAGAGCACCGAAGAACCGGAGGAGCCACUGUUCAUAGAUUUUAAGACCUUAGAUUAUAAAGUGAUCGACUCGAUGAAUUCUUGUGACAGAUCACAAAACAUGGAGAGUAAUGGCCACCUCUCAACACAGGAAUUUGUAUGUACUGACAGCAACACAUCAGGUGCUGAUGGUAGCAGUGUCUUUGUGCAUGUUGGAAAAUCUCCAAGAAGAGUUUAUCGCAGCUCAGAUGACACGGAAGCACAAAGGCGUGAUGGGACUCCCCCAAUAACCUUGGAAACAGGGACACAAACAGGAGCUUUAUCCUACCGAGAUGUCUCAGUUCAGUGCUCACUUAUUCAUCUCCCUUUCCCCUCUGCUAAUAAGAAAACCAGCACCUUUACCACAAGGUGUCAGUAUUCUCAUUUUAAUCAGUUGCUUAAUCCAACAACACAUACUUCUCCAAAAAAUGGGCACAAAAGAACAGGAAGCAUGCCCUCAGGGGCAUCAGCAACAAAGCAGCAGGCACAGAGAAAUCUAAAAUCACAAAUGGGCUUCUCCUUCCGCAAGCUUCAUAGUCAGAAGAGCAUGAAAAGAGAUCUGACGUCAGCUUCGAAACAUCCUUUCUGCAACGCCUCGGAACAGAAAAAAGAGGAAAGCAGGAAGAAAAUAGUCCAGUGUGACUACCCUCAGUUUGGAAAUGUGACGCGAAACCCUGUAAAGGACGUCAGGCAUGCAGGAGCGAUUGUGAAAGAGAUGAAGAGGUGAAGAACUUCACAGCAGAGAAAGGUGUGAACUGGGUUUCUACAGAAAUGACAAAAUCUUCCAAGAUGUUGCUGACGUAGAAAGGAUUAGACAGCAAGCAGAAUUACAUUGAUUGUUACCUCAUUUCCGAUUUGACGAAAAACAAUACUGUAUGUUAUAUAUCUUUAUUAUAAUCUCCGAGUACAUAUUUAAGUUUUCAAAGUUCAUAUAUUUAGUUUCAUGGAAUAUAAAUCUAGCAAAACAUUUACAGCAACAGUAAUCAAAUACUAUACAACACAUUUGUCCUCACUAGUUUCCAUCAACAGUAUAAAUGCUGCAUUUUGUUUCACAUACAAAAACAAAAAAUACAUCCAUACACUUAAAACAGAUGCGUUAGAACACAAAUGGCUGUCCAUGUUGAAGCACCUCCCAAGUACAAUCUAAAAUUCAAAAACAUCUGGUGCAAAUGAAACUUCAAUAAACCUUUAAAUGACAUCAUACAUGUAGACUGAAAC